CAUAAAGCUUUCUCUUCUCUUCUUUGAACAGUCUCCAAGCACCACAUUACUCUCUCUAUAUACUCUCCUUCUCUGUCUAUCCUUCCCCUUUUUACUCUGUUCUUUCCAUUAAAACUCCAAAAUGAAAAAAAUGCUAAUGGUCACAUGCAAAAAAUUGUAGAAAUCUUUUUUCCUUGAAAAUAGUUGAUGGGAUAUGAUUCAAUCUUUUAAAGAUUGGAUUUUUAUUAAAGGGUUUUGAUAACAGAGUCUUUUUUUGCUAUUUUCUUGAAAAUGAGAUUUUGAUUAAAGGGUUUUAAUAUAAGAGUUUUUUUUUUUCAAUGGCUGAAAAAAGCAAUGAAUGUGUAGCUUCAAAUUUACUCCUUUGUAGAGAAACCAAGAAUCUUUGCUUUGAUGAUCUUGAUGAUUCUUUGGUCAAUAAUGAUGACCAAAAAAAUCAAGAAAACAGUAAAGGUUUGAGCUUUAAUGACUAUGGUGGCAGAUCAAUGGCAUUGAUUGAAGAAAGCUUUUGUUUUAUGGUUGAAAAGGAAAAAGAUUUUUUACCUAAAGAUGAUUAUCUUAAGAGAUUAAGAACUGGAGACUUGGAUUUGAAUCUUAGAAGAGAGGCUCUUAAUUGGAUUUGGAAGGCUCAUGUGCACUAUGGGUUUGGAGAGCUGAGUUUUUGUUUGUCAAUAAAUUACCUUGAUAGGUUUCUGUCUUUGUAUGAAUUGCCAAGAGGUAAAACUUGGACAAUUCAAUUGUUAGCUGUAGCCUGUUUAUCCCUUGCAGUCAAAAUGGAAGAAAUUGAUGUUCCCUUGACUGUUGAUUUACAGGUAGGGGAACCUAAGUUUUUAUUUGAAGGUAAAACAAUACAAAGAAUGGAACUUUUGGUAUUGAGCACAUUGAGGUGGAGAAUGCAAGCUUAUACACCUUGCACAUUCAUAGAUUAUUUUAUGAAAAAGAUGAAUCUUGAUGAAAUCCCAUCAAGGCAAUUGGUCCCUAGACCAAUUCAACUAAUAUUAAGAACCAUAAAAGGUAUUGACUUCUUGGAAUUCAGGCCUUCUGAAAUUGCAGCAGCAGUGGCGAUUUCUGUUUCAGGGGAAAGGUCACAAGCCAUUGACAUUGAUAAGGCAAUGCCUUGCUUCUCCAUACAAGUAGAAAAGGACAGAGUGAUGAAGUGCCUUGAACUGAUUCAAGAUUUGACAUUGGUUAGUGGGACUAGUGCUGCUACUGCUGCAUCAGAACCUCAUAGUCCCAAUGGGGUGUUGGAAGCUGCUUGUUUGAGCUAUAAAAGUGGUGAAGGAACAAUUGGCUCAUGUCCAAAUUCAUCAAACACUAGUAGUCCAGAUGCUAAAAGGAGGAAACUUGAUACAACACCAAUCUCUUGAGGGGAAUUGAGGAAAAGAAAAGUGAUGAACUCUUAAUUAUGUUAACAUGAACUCUUAAUUAUGUUAAUCUUUUUUCAGCUUUUAGAGCUUCACACCCCCUAAGUCCAAUCAGUUUUGGCUAAAUGGAAGAUUUAUUGUGGCUUUAAAAGUCACAAAAGCAUUUAGAAAAAGAGGAGGGAGUUGGGGGGGUGGAGGUUUUGGGGGGGUGGGGGGAUGGGGUGAGGGGUCCUUACUUUUAGCAUGAAAAGAAUUGUCACCAGCUGUUAAUAAUAAUCCUGAGUUGUCGACAACCAUAGUAAUAGGAGGGUUGAGGUGAAGGAUGGAGUUUUUUUAAUUUUAUUUUUGGGUUAUUUUUUAUUCAAAUGAAAAAUAUAUAGAGUGAAAGGGGAUCUGUUUGGGGAUGGGGGUGGGAGUGGGGGUGGGACAGAAAAAAAGAAGAAUAGAGGAUUAAAGUAAUAUAGUUUGUGGAGGCUAUUAGAUGGUGGUAUUGUUUGACUAGUUCUAUAUUUUGUCGUGAAAUUGAGAUGUAUUUUCAUGGUACUAUGGAAUAAAACAUCCAAAAAGGCCUUGUGCUCUUCAUUUUUGUUAAUAAAGGUGUAUUGUGUUGUGAAAAAUGGACCUCUGUUCAUUAUAUGGGAUGCGGAAAAAGUAUACAUGUAUUAUUAAUGCAGAGAUUAAUUAUUUAAAGAUAAAAAUACUCUUUUAGACU